CCUUUAGUGGGUGAGGGACACUUACCCUGCGUGUAUGUGAGUGUGUCACUACCACAAAUUGAGAAAGCAAGAGGGAGAAGGGGAAUAAGAGGGGUAACUGAAAAGGAGACAGCAUCAUCUGCAUUUCAAAAACUGCCUGCUGCCUUUUUGAAGUUGUCCUUUGGCAACAUAUUUAAUUCUUUGUAAACUGCACAUUUUCUGCAGUGCAACUGGCUGUGGAUAUGGCUGGUUGUCUGCAAAGGACAAGACUUUCUAAAGCAUGGGCUUUUGCUCUGCUUGUGCUAUUUAGUGUCAGCUGCUGCCUUUCAACUGUGCAAGCAGAGCCAUCCAUACCAGCAUACCUGUUCCGACACAGAUCUGGACCUAAUGCUGAUUCGAUUCUGAUCGCAAACAAUGGAAUAAGAGUUCCCUUUGGACGCUCUGUCUAUCUGGACCCUGUUAAUGACCUGGUGACUGAAGUGCAGCCUGGAGAUCGUUGUCACAUCACUGUCCUGGACAAUGACCCAUUGGCACAGAAACCUGGAAUUUUAACCCCCAAGAAAUUCCCCUGCUCCUUUGGCCCUGAGGAGGUCAAGUACACACAUUUUGGAUCCAGGAGCCCCAGCAAAGAUCGGGUGAAACUCCAGCUGAGGUAUGACUCACACACGGACACAGUGGUCGUGCCUUUCAUGCUGGAGGUGGAGGUGGUGUUUCAGCAGCUGGAGGUUCUGACCCGAAACAUGCCCCUGGUUGUGGACAGACUGAAUGGUCAGAGCAACCCAAUUGAUAAAAAAGGCCUGGAGUUUGCAUAUGAAGAUGAAGUCACAAAAUGCAAGGUGACAACACUGAUUGGCGCAGGUGGACUUCCCAGGUAUGGCAAACUUUCAGAUAAUUCUAUUAAUGGCCAAAUGGUUAACUGUGAUGAGUUUGUUAAGAAGGGCAUUCGAUACGAGCACACAGCUACAACCAACUCACCAAACAGAGACUACAUCCCUAUGUUAGUAGAGGUACAAGACAAUGACGGCAACACCAUUCAGCAGGAACACUUUCAUAUCAUGGUUAGAAUUAAAGAAGGAUCUGAAAAUACCCCACCAAAGCCCAGCUUUGUUGCAAUGAUGAUGAUGGAAAUAGAUCAGUUUGUGAUGACUGCCAUUACAAGUGACAUGCUGGCUGCUGAGGAUGUUGAAACAAGUGCAGAUGAUUUAAUCUUUAACAUCACUUCUCUCCUGGGCCCACAGCAGGGAUUUAUCAUUAGUACAGAUGACCAAAACCUGCCUAUCACUACUUUCUAUCAGAGAGACAUUAAGGACCUGAAAAUAGCCUACAAGCCUCCGUCUGAAGAUUCAGAUGUGGAAAGAAUUUUUCAGAUUGAAUUUGAAAUAGUGGACACUGAAGGCGCCGUGUCUGACCCAUUCGCUUUCAUGAUUGUCGUUAAGCCCAUGAACACAAUGGCCCCCGUAGCAACUAAAAACACUGGCCAACUGCUGUUUGAGGGCCAAUCCAGACCCCUGUCCAGCGACCAGAAUUUAGAGAUUAGUGAUGAAGACAAUUUAGAGAAUGUGAGGAUCACUGUUGUUGACGGUCUGAAACAUGGAGAGCUGACUGUGCUGGGCUCCCAGCGCAAGUUCUUCACACCGGCUGAUCUGGACGCAGGCAUUGUUGUCUACCAGCACGAUGGCAGCGACACAUACAGUGACAACAUUAUUUUCAGAAUGACUGAUGGCAGCAACGAGGUCGAGUUUCUCUUCCCCAUCACUAUCGCCCCCACUGACGAUGAGCCGCCAAUUAUUAAUGCCAACACUGGCAUCGUGCUGCAUAAGAAUGAGAUGAUGCAGAUUUCACCCUUCAUACUGAGCGCAACAGACAUAGACUCUGAGGACUCCACCAUUAAGUUCAUACUGGAGGCUCCAUACUCAACCGUUGGAGAGCUUGUCCUGAGACAGGUGGAGCCUCCUGCUGACCCAUCCACCUGGAAGUUCAGUGAGACAGACGAGAUGUUUGAACAGGUUGUGACAGAGUGGUUUCAGCAGGACAUUCUUGACGGAAAACUGUUCUACCGCCACACUGGACCUCAUAGUACCACCACUGUGAUAGAUCAGUUAGUCUUCUAUGUCCAGGAUGACAACGACCCACCAAACAGAUCAGGCAAACACACUUUCAUUGUAAAAAUUCAACCAGUUGAUGACCUACCCCCAGAGCUUUACCCUGGAACCAGCCUUCAUAUGACUGUACAAGAAUACGAGCUAACUCCUUUCAAAAAGAAGUUCCUGCGCUACACUGACCUUGACUGUGAUGACAGAGAUCUAAAAUACACAAUCAAAAAGGUCCCUAUGGACACAGAUGAAAAUAACCCAGUGCCCUUGGGUAACAUAGUCCUUACUGACAGUCCUGACACAGCUAUCACAGUAUUCACUCAAGCCCAGAUCAAUCACCACAAGGUGGCCUACAAGCCUCCAGACCAGGAGUUAGGCAUCACCCCUAAAGUGCUUCAGUUCACAUUCAUCGUUGAGGACACAGCUAGUAAUUCAGUUGAUGGCCUUUUCACCAUUUUCUUGCAGCCUGUGGACAACAAGCCUCCAAUGAUCACCAACACUGGCUUCACUGUGGCAGAGAGAGGCACCUACAUCAUCACCAAGAAUGAGCUUAAUGCUUCAGAUCAGGACACAGAACUGGAGAAUAUAAUUUUCACUGUGACCCAGAUUCCUCGCUAUGGGCAUUUGCAGUACCUAGGAAUAGAUAUGUCAAAAGAUGAGACCUUUAUGCUUGAGGACAUUGAGAGCGGACGUCUGGCUUAUAUUCAUAAUGGUGAGGAAUCACUCAGUGAUGUCGUCAAAGUAGAUGUGAGUGAUGGCUUCCAUGAAGUACCCAUUAUCAUCAAAAUCACCAUCAAACCCGUUGAUGAUGAGACGCCCACCAUCAUGUUACCAGCUGGGCUCCUCGGAGCCUCCAUUAACGUGUUGGAGAACGGGGCAACAGAGAUCACCAGCAAUGUCAUCCAGGGCCAUGAUGAGGACACAGAUGACCUGAUGUUGACAUUUAUUGUGGAAGAACCACCCAGGCUGGGUGAGAUCUUGGUGAAUGGGGCGCUAGCAGAGCGUUUUACACAGCAAGACAUCAUCAAUGGAGUUGUUGUGUAUGCACACACCAGUGGUGAAAUUGGGCCUUAUAAGGUGCAUGACUCUUUCAAUCUCACUAUAUCCGAUAUGUCUGAUGAGUGGGUGGUUGGAGGAAACCAGGUCCAAGGGGUCACAGUGCAGGUCACCAUCCUACCUUUGGACAGCAUCCCACCUAUUGUGAUUGUUGGGGAGCAGUUUUUUGUGGUGGAAGGGGAGAAGAACACCAUCACUGUUGACCACAUUCAGGCUGAGGAUGUUGACACCAACAACGAUGACAUCUUAUGCACUAUAAUUGUCCAGCCAACGUCAGGCUACAUAGAGAACAUCUCUCCAGCACCGGGCUCAGAGAAGUCAAGAGCAGGCAUUGCAAUCACUGCCUUCACUAUGAAGGAUCUCAGCCUAGGCCAUAUCCAUUAUGUCCAAAGCAUCCACAAAGGCGUAGAGCCUGUGGAGGACAGAUUCACAUUUCGCUGUUCAGAUGGUAUCAAUUUUUCCGAACGACACUUUUUCCCCAUUGUAAUUGUGCCCGCCAAUGACGAAAAGCCUGAGAUUUUUGUACGUGAGUUUGUGGUGAUGGAGGGCAUGAGCCUUGUGAUUGACACACCCAUCCUGAAUGCAGCCGAUAGCGAUAUCCCUGGGGAUGAGCUUGAAUUUGAGAUCAUCAAAAACCCCAAGCAUGGUACCAUUGUUCAGCAGAUGAGCUCUGGAACAGUCCCAGUUGUCAAGUUUUCUCUCGAACAAAUAAAGGAGGCCUCCAACAUCGUCUAUGAGCAUGAUGACUCUGAAACUAAAGAGGACAGCUUUGAAAUCAGGCUCUCUGAUGGAAAGCAUACGGUUGAGAAGAAGGUGCCCAUUAUAGUCAUCCCUGUUGAUGAUGAGACACCCAGAAUGGCCAUUAACGAUGGUCUGGAAGUUGAAAUUGGAGAGAUCAAAGUAAUCAGCAACAGGGUCCUGAAGGCUACCGACCUUGACUCUGAAGAUAAGGAACUCACCUAUGUAAUUCGCUAUGGGCCUGGACAGGGCUAUCUCCAGCGCAUUACCAAACAUGGAGAUGUGAUUGGCAACAUAACAAUAGGGAAGAACUUCACACAAGAUGAGGUUGACAAACGACUGAUCCAAUAUGUUCACACAGGCCAGGAAGGAGUCCGUGAUCUCAUGAAAUUUGAUGUGACAGAUGGCAUCAACCCCCUCAUCGACCGAUACUUCUACAUAAACAUCGGCAGCAUCGACAUGGUCUUCCCUGAUGUCAUCAACAAAGGUGUCACCCUCAAGGAGGGAGGCAAAGUGACCCUGACCACUGAUCUUCUGAGCACCACUGACAUUAACAGCCCAGAUGAAUACCUGGCCUUUAGUAUUACUCGUGCCCCCAGCAGGGGCCACCUGGAGUGCACUGACCUCCCAGGUGUGCCCAUCUCCACUUUCACACAGCUGCAGCUGGCAGGGAACAAAAUCUACUACAUCCACUCUUCUGAUGACGAGAUGAAGAUGGACAGCUUUGAGUUUGAGGUGACAGACGGCUACAAUCCUGUCUUCCGAACAUUCAGAGUGUCCAUCACUGAUGUGGACAACAAGAAGCCAGUCCUGACUGUGAACAAGCUGGCGGUGGAGGAGGGCGAGUCCAAGUUGAUCACACCUUUUGAGCUGACGGUGGAAGACCGUGACACACCUGACAAUCUGCUCCGCUUUGUGGUCACUCAAGUCCCCGUUCACGGUCAGCUUCUGUAUAACGGUAGCCAGCCUGUCAACACAUUCACCAAACAGGACCUGAAUGAAAACCUCAUCACGUACAAACAUGAUGGAACGGAGACAAACGAGGACAGUUUCUCAUUCACUGUUACAGAUGGAACACACACAGAGUUCUAUCUGUUUCCUGACACAGUCUACGAGACUCGCAAGCCCCAGACUAUGACCAUUGAGAUCAACACUGUUGAUAACGGCGUGCCACAGAUUGUGGUGAACAAGGCAGCGCCGACUCUUAGGGCACUGCACACAGGGAACCUGGGCUUCCUAAUCACCAGCAAAGCCCUGAAGGCUGAGGACAGAGACAGCCCAAGGAAACUGCUCCGGUUCUCAGUGGCUGAACCUCCCCAGCAUGGGUUCAUCAUCAACACCGCCCUGGGCAAUGACAGCAUCAAGACCUUUUCACAGGCUGACAUUGAUGACAUGAAGAUCUGUUAUGUGCUGCUGGAUGGUAGCAAUGCCACAAGUGACAUCUUCUACUUCACCGUCGAGGACAACGGGGGCAACAAGUUGAAGCCUCAGCCGUUUAGGCUCAACUGGGCUUGGAUCUCCCUGGAGAGAGAGUUCUACCUGGUGGACGAGGAUGCCAAGUUUCUGGAAGUGACCCUAAAGCGCAGAGGGUACCUGGGAGAAACCUCAUUUGUCAGCAUUGACACCAAGGAUGGCACUGCAGAGAAGGACAAGGAUUUCAGGGGCAAGGCCCAGAAGCAGGUCCAAUUUAACCCAGGUCAGACCCGGGCCACCUGGCGAGUCAAGAUCUUCACAGACCACGAGUUUGAGACAUCCGAGACCUUUGAGAUCCAGCUGUCCGAGCCAGUGAUGGCUGUGCUUGAGUACCCAGACACAGCCACCGUGGAGAUAGUGGACCCUGGAGAUGAGUCCACAGUGUUCAUCCCCCAGGCGGAGUACCACAUAGAGGAGGACAUCGGAGAGCUGCUGGUCCCUGUGCGCCGGACUGGAGACGCCAGCCAGGAACUCAUGGUGAUCUGCUACACACAGCAAGGCAGUGCCACGGGCACCAUUCCCAGCACGGUCCUGUCCUACUCCGACUACAUCACUCGUCCUGAGGACCACACAAGUGUCUUGCGCUUCGACAAGGACGAACGUGAGAAGCCCUGUCGCAUCAUCAUCAUCGACGACUCCCUCUAUGAGGAGGAAGAGAGCUUCAAUGUGUCACUGAGCAUGCCCAUGGGAGGCCUAGUGGGCGCCAACUUCCCCAGCGCCCGCGUGGUCAUCCUGGCAGACCAUGAUGACGAGCCCUCCCUGUACUUUGGGGAGCCCGAGUAUGCUGUGGAUGAGAGUGCAGGGUUUGUUGAGGUGCGUGUCUGGAGGACAGGCACUGACCUCUCCAAAACGGCCACCGUGACUGUCCGCUCCCGCAAGAGUGAGCCCGUCUCUGCUGAGGCUGGCCUUGACUACGUUGGCAUCAGCCGCAACCUGGACUUUGCGCCCGGGGUGACGAUGCAGACCCUGAGGGUGACCAUUCUGGAUGACCUGGGCCAGCCACAGCUGGAGGGCCCAGAGACCUUCGACCUGGUGCUGCGCAUGCCCAUGAACGCUGUGCUGGGCGAGCCUAGCAAGACCACCAUCACCAUCAACGACACUGUGACCGAUGUGCCAAAGGUGCAGUUUAAGGAGGGCGAGUACCGUGUGGACGAGGCUGACGGGGUGGUGCGGGCCAUGCUGUACCGCAGUGGGGACAUCAGCCUGCGCUCCACCGUACGCUGCUACACCCGCCAGGGCUCGGCGCAGGUCAUGAUGGACUACGAGGAGAGACCCAACACGGACGCCUCGGUCAUCACCUUCCUACCAGGUGAGAGUGAAAAGCCAUGUAUUGUGAACCUGAUGGAUGACUCCAUCCAUGAGGAGGAUGAGGAGUUCCGCCUGGUGCUGGGGACGCCGAAGAGCAAGUCCCCUUACGGAGCAGCAGUGGGGGAGCAGAAGGAAGCACUGGUCACCAUCACGGACAUCAAAGACAAACCUAUCAUCAGAUUCUCAGAGCUGAAGUACAGUGUGAGGGAGCCCCAGACGCCUGGGGAGAUUGCUGUGGUAAAAGUCCCGGUGCUGCGUGUGGGUGACACGUCUAAAGUGUCUGUCGUCAGAGUCCACACUAAAGACGGCUCUGCCACCUCAGGAGAGGACUACAACCCACUCUCACAGGACGUGGAGUUUAAGGAGGGAGAACGGGAGCAUGUGGUGGAGAUUCAGGUUCUGUACGAUGGAAAGAGGGAGAUUCGAGAGGCCUUUACUGUCCACAUGAAACCUGAUGAGUACAUGGUAGCUGAGACACAGAUGAGCAAAGCUAUUGUUUACAUUGAGGAGAUGGACAGUGUUGCAGACGUCACCUUCCCAGCUGUGCCGCAGGUGGUCUCCCUGCUGACCUAUGAUGACACAGGACGUGUCAAAAAUCACCCACAUCCCCCCAAUGGAUAUCCUGUUGUCUGCGUCACGGCCUGCAACCCCAAAUCCUCUGACUUUGAUAAGACAGGCUCCAUCUGCACGCUGGAGAGCAUCAACGACACCCUGACCCAGUACCGCUGGCUCGUGAGCGCCCCCACGGGGCCAGAUGGGGUGACCAGCCCCAUGCGUGAGGUGGACACAAACACCUUCUUCACCAACACCAAGUCCAUCACGCUGGACUCCAUCUACUUCCAGGCUGGGUCGCGGGUGCAGUGCGCAGCGCGGGCCUACAACAUCAAGGGAGAAGCCGGCCUGGAGCUCAGCUCCCCCAUCAUCUCCAUCAGCCAAGAGGAGGGUAUGUGCCAGCCACGUAUCCCUGGCACUGUGGGUGCUGAACCAUUUUCUGCCAAGAUCCGUUACACAGGACCAGACGACCCUGACUACCCAAACCUGAUCAAACUGACUGUUAGCAUGCCGCACAUGGAUGGCAUGAUGCCGGUCAUCUCCACGCGACCCCUCUCCAACUUCGAGCUGACGCUGAGCCCUGACGGCACCCGUGUGGGGAACCACCGCUGCUCCAACUUGCUGGACUUCAAUGAGAUCCAGACUGGCCACGGCUUCAUCACCGACUCCACCAAGAACCCCGAGAUCAUCGGCGAGACGUCGGCGUACCAAUACAGCCUGGCGAUGCGCAGCGCCAACUCGCUGCGUUUCUACCGCAACCUCAACCUGGAAGCCUGUCUGUGGGAGUUCAACAGCUACUAUGACAUGUCCGAGCUGCUCAACACCUGCGGCGGCUCCAUUGGCACAGACGGACAGGUUCUAAACCUGGUGCAGUCCUAUGUGACGGUGCGGGUUCCCCUUUUCGUCUCCUACGUGUUCCAUUCUCCUGUGGCUGUGGGUGGAUGGCAGCACUUUGACCUGCAGUCUGAGCUCCGCCUCACCUUCGUCUAUGACACAGCUAUUCUGUGGCAGGACGGCAUUGGUAGCCCACCUGAGGCAGAGCUGCAAGGAGCCAUGUACCCCACCAGCAUGCGUAUCAACGACGAGGGCCGCCUGGUGGUCAACUUUAAGAGUGAGGCUCGAUUCAGGGGCCAGUUUGUUAUGUCACACCCAGCGACCUCUCUGACGUCCAUGGUGAUGUCUGCUGACCACCCUGGUCUGACCUUCACCAUCUCUCUGGUGCGCACGGAGCCCACUUACAACCAGCCCAUGCAGCAGUGGAGCUUUGUGUCCGACUUCGCUAUCAGAGAUUAUUCGGGCACGUACACAGUGAAGCUGAUCCCCUGCAGUGCCUCCCCCAGUGGAGAGUUCAGCAUCCCCCCCGUCUGCCACCCCAGAGAGCCCCUCACUUUCGACAUGGACAUCCGCUUCCAGCAGGUGAGUGACCCAGUGUCAGCAGAGUUCAGUUUGAACACCCAGAUGUUCCUGCUGUCCAAAAAAGAGCUUUGGUUGUCUGAUGGAUCUAUGGGCUUCGGAGAAGGAAGUGACUCAGCAUUUUCUGAAGGUUCUACCAUCUAUGGCCGUGUGAUGGUGGACCCUGUGCAGAACCUGGGUGAGUCCUUCUCCUGCAGCAUUGAGAAGGUCUUCCUCUGCACUGGUGCGGAUGGGUACGUGCCCAAGUACAACCCCACCAAUAAGGAGUACGGAUGCCUCGCUGAUGCCCCUUCUCUGCUCUACCGCUUUAAGAUCCUGGACAAAGCCCAGCCUGAGACCCAGGCAACUGCCUUCGGAGACGUUUCAUUUGAUGCCAUUCUGGCUCAGGACUCUUCAGAAGCGUUGCCUCUGACGAGACAGGCUGGCUCUGAUGGCUUCACCCUCUCCUCCUCCCCACUCUUCCAGGUGGCCGCUGGCCGGGAGUGGUUCAUCCAUACUAUCUACACCCUUCGCUCCCGUGAAAACGCCAACCGCGGCAUUGGCAAGCGCAGCUUGGAGUACCACCACGCCGUCUCCUCGAGCCUCGCGGGCCAGCCCGUGGGUCGCCAGCGCCGCUCCGCUCCUGACCCCGACGCUCUGGACAUCGGCAUCGAGAACAGUCGAGGCACCAACAUCCAGCACAUCGCGCUGGACCGCUCCGACCGCAUCCGCGUGAGCCAGAGGCAGCCCUGGGCGCUGGAGCCGAGCGCGGGCCACCAGGAGCACCCUCUGGUGGAGGGCAGUUUGGGGCGCGAGCCCGACUCGGACUGGGCUCUGCCCGUGGGCGUGCCCACGCUGCUGGGCGUGGCGGGGCUGCUGCUGCUGCUGUGCCUGCUGGCCCUGCUGGUGGCGCUGCUGGUGCGGCGGAAGCGGGCGGAGGGGAAGAAGUGCCCGCCGUACGCCACCUCGUCCAGCUCGGCGUACCGCGACACUGCCAACGCCGGCUACCAAGGCAUGGCCAGUGCAUGGCAGCGUUCUGACAGCUCAGAGGUUUAGAGGGUGCCCACAGCAGCCCGUUCCCUCUCACCCCGAUAUCCCCCGUCCUGUCCUGUCCAUUCCCCCGUCGGCCAGGUCAGUGGCCUCUGAACAACCCACCCCCCCCAAUCCCCAAACUCGGAGAGCCGGUCUGCUGGCUGCCCAUUAAAUUGGAGUCAAAUGAAGGUGAGAGAUGAGAGGAGGAUGUGCUCAAGUAAAAGGCUCUUACUAACUGAUCAGUUCAACAAACUAGAGGGCUUUUCUGUUCAAUAAACACAAAACAAUCAACUAGAUACCCAGCAGUGUUUUUGGAAGGCUAAUGUUCGAGAAAUGUUUGUUAGAGCCCUGAUCAACAAUAUUUGGAUCUACUGAUGGGCCCAUAACCAGUUAAGGCAAAUGAGUGGAACUUAAUUUAGAUCAUUUGGAGAUGAGCACACCCACUAUCUCUUUCUGAUGGUGCCUGCUCCUGUUUAUUUUACUUUAUCAUGUCCCAAGAUCUCCCCACCUUCACUACAACUACAAAAGCACUGUAAUAUUGCCUAUGCAUGGAAAGUCUAGAGAAUUUUGGAAUGGAUUCUUUUCCCCACCCAUACUGGUCUUGUGCUGAGAGUUGGUAGGCUGCUUUUCUCAUCCCUGACACAGAUGUAGGGAUCAGAUGUCAGUAAGGCAGCCAAUCUUCUAUAACCCGUGCAAAGAACAGAAUAGCUUACUGUAGUUAGAAUAGUUGCAAUGCAUAUUCACUGUACUUGUCUAAAUGACUUUCUUCUAAAUCUGUUAACGAUUCUGCUCUUUUCUGUUUAUGAGUGUAUGUGUGUUUAAGAUGCGAUAGCAGGCAAUUGAAUAGAUGGGUAAGAUUUGGCAGUCGGCAGUACUGGAUGUGAUAGAUUUAUGUAUUUUUAUAAUAUGAAUUAAUUAUUGAUGCACUGUUGUGUUUUAGAGCACAUGUCAGUGUUCCCGUGAAAAUAUACCAUGGAUAUGGUGCUAAUCAAAGGGAUUGUAAUGUGUAAUUUCUGUCAUUCAAGUGCAUUACUAUUCAAAUUUGUAAAUGUUUUUAUACAUUUUAUUUUUGUUAUGACUGGUGAAAUGUGCUUUAGACAUACUAAUGGUGCAUUUGUUGUGUACAUAACUGCCUUUACAGUAUACCAUGUUACAAGAGGAUACAAACACUACCAUUGUACCCUGAUAAAACUUGAAGAAGUGAAUCUCAGAUGACCUUAUAGUGACUAGAUACCCUGAAAUAUUAAAUUAUACCUGAAUGUGGCCAUAAAGGAAAAUGUAGAAUUUCGGAGAGAAAAUGGAUCCCCUUUCAAUGUAGAAUGUGUUUUUCAAAACAAAUGCCCACAACUGAGAAUGACUCAAAUUGUUCCAUAAUUCAUGAAGUUCAUGUAUUCAAAUCUUUCUUGCCAAAUAUAAAUAUUAUACAUUGA